CGUGGUGUAUGUGGACCGGGAUACUUACAGAUCUUCAAGUCGGAGAUGCACCCCUCUGUGUACAAGCUGCAGUCUGGGGAGAAGGAAGGGCUCAGUCUCUAUGCGAUACUGAAUCACUGCAGGUGCAAGUUUGGCUCCAAACUGCUUCGCCAGUGGUUUCUGAGGCCUACUCGUGACCUGGCAGUGUUGAACAGGAGACAGGAGGUUGUGAGAUUGUUCUCCUGCCCACGCAAUUCUGACUCCCUAAACACUUUGCAGGCCUCCCUACGCAACAUCAGGAGCAUCCCGACUCUACUGUGUACGACGUCUCUGUCUCACACCAAAGUCUCUGACUGGCAGGGUCUCUACAAGACAGUGUACAGUGCGGUGUGUAUCAGGGACACAGUACGCUCCCUGCCUCAGUCCAUCCAACUCUUCCAGGAGAUCAGUGAGGGAUUCUCAGAUGACCUUUACUACACGUCAGGUGCAGCUCCCAUGUUCUGUAUGUCAAUGUGUUUCGUUCUCAUUUUGUUCUGUGAUUUGUGUCUUGUACAGGUGGACUUUCAGGGCAGUUUAGCAGAAAACCGUUUCACCGUCAAACCCAAUGUGGACCCUGCUAUAGACGAGAAGAAGAGGAGGAUGAUGGGACUGUCUGACUUCCUGACGGACGUGGCUCGCAGAGAGCUGGAGCACCUGGACGCCCGCAUCCCCUCCUGCUGCGUCAUCUACAUCCCCCUGAUAGGGUUCCUGCUCUCGGUCCCUCGGUUGCCCAGCAUGGUGGAGAAAGAGGACUUUGAGAUAGAGGGCCUUGACUUCAUGUUUCUGUCUGAGGAGCGUCUGCACUACCGCAGUCAGAGAACCAAGAAGCUAGAUGACCUACUGUGAGACCUACACUGUGACACCAAAGACAUGGAGACAGCGGUGAUGACACAGCUGCAGACCACAGUGCUGGAGAGAAGCGCCUGUCUGUACAAGGUUCUGGCUCUGAGUGCUGAGCUGGACUGUCUGAUGGCACUGAGCCACGCCUCCCAGGAGUACGGAUACACCAGCCCCACUCUGGCCAACCACCGCAGGAUAACACUCAGACAAGCCAGACACCCUCUAUUGGAGUUGUGUUCUCCUGUGUUUGUGUCUAACUCCUUCCUGAGUUCUGAGACUCGGGGACGGGUCAAGAUCAUCACCGGACCCAACUCAUCUGGCAAGAGCAUCUACCUCAAACAGGUGGGUCUGAUUGUGUUCAUGGCUCUGAUUGGUUCUGACAUGCCAGUGAAGGAGGCAGAGAUUGGUCUGGUGGACGGAAUCUUCACACGCAUGCAGAUCAGAGAAUCUGUGUCUGUAGGCCUCAGCACCUUCAUGAUAGACCUCAACCAGAUGGCUCAUGCUCUGAACCACAGCAGCGGUCACUCACUGGUCCUGAUUGAUGAGUUUGGGAAAGGAACUAACACGGUGGAUGGGCUUUCCCUUCUGGCGGCAUCUAUCUCUCAUUGGCUGAAAAGAGUUCCGGCCAAGGUUCCUCACAUCCUAUCAUUUCAUUCUUAAAUGGAAGAAGUUUGGAACCACCCAGACUCUUCCUAAAGCUGGCCGCCCAGCCAA